CGGCGGUAAACAAAUAUUAACAGUAGGUUAAUAAAUGUAAUAAACUAAAGAAAAGAAUUCAACCCAACCGUUCUUAAAUUACUAAAUUUUGUGUACGAACUGAAAUUGAGAUUCUAGACAAGUAGACUUCUAAUUAAAAAAAUCUAAUUUAAUACAAGCGUCAAGAAUCAACCAUGCCACCAAAAAAGAAAGCUUUUGAUCCUGAUAAGUUCAAAAAGGAAAUUCAAAGCAAGGGCAAAGGUCCAACACCCCCAUUGUUUAAAUCUAUGCAGCAGAAAAUGGAAAGUAAACCAACUGGUUCUCCUACUCCAGAGCAGGAAACUCCACCUGAGGCUUCACCAAAAACUAAUAUCAACAUCAAUCCAAAACCUAUGCCUAAACCUGUACCACAAGGUAAAGGGGGUGCAAAAAAAAUAUCAAAAAAUGGGCCUAGUAUGAUGAUGAGUCAAUUUGAAUUGGCCCAGCAAUCAACUGAAGAUGUUAUCAGUGAGUACGAGAAACAAGAAACAGAGGCUGAAAAUUCAGAGGAUAGAGGAUCUUUAUUAAAUGAAAUUGCAAACUUUAAUAAGUCAAAACUUCGUAGAAUUGAAACAAAAGGGCUCUUUGAUGAUGAUCUUUUUGCUGAAGAUGAGGAUGUAAAAGUUGAUAUCAAACCAGUGACAUUAAAUCAAAAUGUUCUUUGUUUCAACUUCUGGGAUGGGAAUAGCUAUCCCAUACAUAAAAUUAAGUUUAUUUUGCUUCAAAUUCCUGCAAGAGCAGAAGUGACCUUAAACUUCUCAGGCAUUGCCCAAUUAACAGAUAUAACCUUUGCAAUUAUGAGCAAUUUAAGAAAUACAGAAGAGGCGAGACUGAAGGCAGUCAAACAGAUUAUUUUGGAUGGCUGUUAUAAUAUAACAGAUGCUGGAAUAGCCUGGAUGGCAGAAACUUUCCCUGAUUUGACUUGGCUCAGCAUUUCAGGCUGCAAGAAAGUCACUAAUGCUGGUUUGUUAGCCCUUAGUGAAAAGUGCACCAAAUUAACUUCAAUAGACCUGACAGGCACUGGAGUGACUCUCCUACCUAAGCGCUGGAUUAGUGCAGAGAGCAUUAAAAUGGUUGGCUGUUCUAUCCUUUUCCCUAUAGCUCCAGCAGAUCUAAAAGAAGAGGAAAUAUUAAAACCAGAAACAAGUCACUUGUUUAAAGCUUGCUUUGUCAAACAAAACAUGGCAAAUGUAAAUUUUUCUGCUAUGUUGCUGGGAGAGUCUGGGUCGUCUGUGAUGGCUAGGAUUUUACCCGAUCUUAAAGAUGGUGAAUCCAGUGCCACUGUUUUAGAGGUAGAUCAGACCUUGUCAAGUUUUAUGAUCACAGAUGGUUGUGUUGUCAUUCUGCCAUUUGUGCUAAAGGACAAAACAAAAGUCACUGAGGAAGUUUCUGCCAUCUCUGCAACAAUACUACAAAUUUUGGGACAGCACUCCAAUAUAAAUUUUUUACUGGUUGGUUGUAAUACCAAUACUGUCAGUGCUGUUUCAACUGAUCUUAUGAAAGAAGAGGUAAAAAAAUACCUCAAGAAAAUAGCUGAUCUUAUAAAAGAUGCAAAUUAUUCUUUUGGGAAUUUGGAGCAGAUGCCAGUAGCAAAACAACUUGAGUAUUCUUCUGCCAGGAGGCUCCAAGAUAAUAUAAACAAAACAGUCAUCAGCUGCCUUGAAAUAAAUGUGGAUCAGAAGGGAAAACAGGGGGAGAUAAUCAAAGCAAUAUUUAACCUAGCAGAGGAACUGCCUGAAAACAAGGAGAUAAAUUACAGCUUAGAAAUUUACAAAUGGGCUCAAGACUUUCACUUAAACUGCCCCAAGGAAUUAAAAACAGGAGUUCAUUCCCUUUAUCAGGCUGCAAAUGUUAUAAAAUUAACCACAAAUUUUGUAAAAAGACUUCGCUCAUUUGGUGCUGUGCAGUUCUUAACAAGCAUUGGAAAACUCAGCUCAUGGACUAAAACAAAUGGAGAAACAAUGAUUGCUAACAGUGCUUGGUUGUGUGAAAUUUUAGACCUACUGCUGUCUCCAUGCCCUGCUGGCAAAACAAACAAUGGAUUAGAUCAUACCAUAGCUGAUAACACACCUGUUUGGCCAGUUGAUAUGUUGCAGGAAGAAGCCAAAAAAAGAAACAUUCAGUGGAGUGAGGUUGAGGAGGUGAUGAGAGAAUUCCCAUACCCAUGGCUGAUUACCACCAAAAGUAUUACCUCCCUUGCAAAUCUACCAGAAACAUCUGUGAUGCCAACUAAAAUGUUCACAGAAUUUGAUAAAAAAGCAACUGGAGAGCUCCACCUAGUGUACAGUUUUGUCCUGAAUCAAGUUGUGACACCUAGCAUAGUCCAGACUAUUCUCAUGCACCUUAGAACACUGCAUCCAUUAAUACAUAUAUGGAGGACAGGUGUUGUCAUCUAUGACAGUAUUGUGGCAGUUAUGGUUGGUCAAACAGAUUACAGCAAAGUCUUAAAUGUUUGUGGUUUUAUGACGGCAUCGGGAGAUAUGAACGACUCAGCAAGGUUGAUUUACAGCACCAUGGAAAAGUAUAAAAACGUGGUGGAAUAUGUUUUCAAAACAUUUGGUUACACAUGGGAGCUCUUGCGCUCUGUGUCAGAAAGCAUCUUAGCACCUCCAGAGAAUGUUGUUGGUAUUGUACACAAUCACAGCCUAAAGCCAGGGGAACAUGGACCCUGUGGCUACUGUGGCAUAAGCCCUGAGCAAGCAUCACUUCUUGCUAUGGUGGAUAUGAACAUCAGGCCAAGAUUCUUCAACAUCAACCUUGUGAAAAGUUUGAACUUUAUAGGCAAAGUCAACGCAUCCUUGCUUGAACUCACAGGACCUUGUGAUGUCAGAAUUGCUGCUUUACUUGAUCCCUUUGGUUGCCAACACUGCUCUGUGUUGUUACUGCAGGGGAAUGUCAAGCUCCUCAAGCUGUAUUUUAGUUCACCUAAAGACUACAUCUUGAUUGAUUUAUAUGAUGGGGUGAUUGUAAGCUCAGUGGCUGAGAGCAAUACCGUGUUUGACAUCAAACAAAAACUGGGCGCUCUAACUCUACAGGGAGAAACCAUCACAGCCAGGAUAAAAAGUCAUGUACCUUUUGAAAUUGAAAUUUUCAUGGGACCUGUGUUGCUUCAAACCUUACAGUUACCUUUCAACAGAUAUGAGCUGAAGAUUUCAUCCUUGGGGCAUGAGGACACUUUUGUUUCAGCAACUGUCGUAGUCUCUGACAGUGACUUUAAGUCUGCUGUUAGUACUGUAGAAAAAGGGAUGAGAUUAGAAGCGGUGGAUAGAGCUAAUCCUCAUCUAGUCUGUGUGGCCAGCAUAGCUGAUAUAGAUACAGACAAGAAUCAAGUUCAAAUCCAUUUUGAUGGCUGGUCAGACAAUUAUAACUACUGGUCAAACCUUGAUCAUGAGGAUUUACAUCCAAUAGGUUUCAUGGCUGCCAGAGGGGAGGCACUCUCACAAAUUAAACACCUCCGGCCAAAUCUGCAACCACCAAGUAGAUACACGAAGCCAUUUGAUUGGCUGACUUACUUAAAAGAAGAAAAUGCACAACCGGUUCCAUUUGAAUGUUUUAAUGAGAACCAAACUGAUGGGACUAAACCAGAUUUGAUACUGCAGGCUCAACAUGAGCUUGGCUUGAACAGUUUCUCUCAAAAUCCUGACACAGUUUCUGAGACUUGUUUUAAAAACCGCAUCACAACCCAAGUUUUGGAAUAUCAAACAAAAACCUACCUUCAAAAAACUGAAGAAAAAAUUCAAUCCAGUGACCUUGAACAGUUAAUGGAGAAACAAAAAGAAGCUUUUAUUUUUUUACCAGCCAACUUAUCUCUAGACAACUUGAGAUAUCCUAUGCUCUCCGAAAUCUACAGUGAUAAACAGCAAAGGAUUCAUUUUUUAUGUCCAGGCCAAGCACUAGAUUUCCACAUGGUGAACCAUCCAGGACUUCUGCUGGAGGGAGAUAAGCUUGUGGAUCUGAAGUCUUGGGCUGGGGUUUUACAAAUGCCCUAUGCAAUUUUAUUGACUUUGAAGAGUAAUCAGCCUAGAAAUAUGUCUGCCAUCUGUGCCGGAGCAGAUAAACUACCCACUGAGAAGCUACCUCUGAUGGAGCUGGCAAUGAAACGUCUACAGAGGCUUUAUCUCAUGCAUUGUAUCUUCUACAGAAACACAGAGGAAAUGAGCCAAAAACAAAGAGAGACAACUCAAGUAAUAUUUGAAAAUGCUAUUAGCUCAGAUGCUAAUGGGUUUGCUCAGGUAUUUCACCAACCACAAGCACAUUCUGGCCUGUUGUGCAACGCUCACAAAAUGGCAAACUCUCCUUCUGCAGGGAUACAAGAGAUUUCAAUUUCUAAAUUUCAGAAUUUGGCUUCUAAUAUUUUUGUGAUGCACCUGGAAAACAAUCCCUUAUUUUCUCUACCUGAAGAUUUUUUCUCCCAUUUUUUAAAUUUGUCUCACCUUUGGCUGGAUGGGUGCACCAUUGGAGAAUUACCACCUUUGAAAGAAAACACUUGCCUAGAGGAAAUUCAUUUGAAAGGGAAUAUGCUACAAACUCUGCCCGAUGAUAUGAGCCAGUUAACCUCACUAAAGAUUCUAGAUAUAUCCUCCAACCCUCUGGAAGUAUUACCACAGGUGAUAUCAUCGCUGACCUCACUUGUUGAGCUGUAUGCUGACAACAUUGGCACUGUUGACAUGACACUAAUCUGUCCUCUGACAAACCUCACCAAGCUGUCCCUGGCCCACAAUUACAUUGAUUCCAUCCCAGACAAGUUCUCAUCUUUGGCACUGACCUACUUGGACAUGUCCGGCUUACCUCUGAUGCCCACUGGAACAUCUUUUUCAAGCCCUGCCCUCAAUACUUUCUUGGACAAGUAUAUAGUUUACCGCAGGAUGAAUGCAAAGGAAAGACAGGAAAUGGUUGAAAAGGUUGAAAACAAUGGUGAAAAAAUGAGCAAUGCUGUCAAGCUUACUGAAGUUAACAAACUUCUUUACAGCAAAUUCCCACGUUUGGGAAAAUUGGGCAAUCAGGAUGAUGAAGAAAAUGCCUUCCCAGAGACCAUCAUGAAAAUGACAACAUUGAACACAUUGAUACUGCCAUACCAUGCCUUCACUACAGUACCUGACAGUGUCAAAGACUUGACCUCCCUGGAAGUUCUAAUUGUCGAGUACAACCCUUCACUGCUGACUGUCAGUGCUGAACUGGCUAAACUACCACUGAAAAAGCUUCACCUGAGAGAAUGUGUUAAUCUAAAGACACCUCCAAAAGAAGUCGUACGCCGUGGGUUUCUAGCCAUCAUGGGAUAUUUGAAAAGAUUAUUACAAGGUUCUGUGUCGUGUAAGAGAACAAAGCUGAUGAUGGUUGGCCUAGGUGGGGCUGGGAAAACUAGUCUGGUUCGGGCUUUGACCGACAAGCAGCACAGUUUUUAUGAGAAUUACACUGAGAGAAUCACUGACGGCAUUGACAUCACAGAGUGGCAGGUCAACGUCAGACACCUGAUACCAGAAACUGAGGCCAUUGACAGGGAUGAGCCUCUGCAUUUCAGUGUUUGGGACUUUGCUGGCCAGACAGUGUACUACAACACUCAUCAGUUUUUCCUUUCAAACCGUGCUGUCUAUUUGCUGUUGUGGAACAUCAGGCUUGGAUAUGAGCAUGCUGGACUAGACUUUUGGCUGAGUUCUAUUGCUUGCCACGCCCCCAAAGCUCCCAUUUUGAUUGUUGGUACACACAGUGACAAGGUUCAGAGAGGCAAGCUACCGAAAGAAGAAUUAAAAAGAAGAUUUCCUCAGAUAGUUGGAUUUUAUUUUGUCAGUUCCUUCUCUGGAGAGGGUAUUCAAGAAAUGAAAACAAGUCUGAUAAUGUCAGCACUCUCUCAGAAGUACAUGGGGGAGAAGAUCCCAGAAGCCUGGCUAAGCUUGGAGACACAGCUAGACAAACUAAGAAAAGAAGGGAAAUCACUCUUACAGUUUCAUGAAGUUGAAGAAGCAGCAGAUACUGCUGGUAUUUUUGAUAAGCCAGAGCUGAUCCAGGCAGUGCAGUUCCUGCAUGAUUUGGGUUCAGUUCAGUUUUUCAACACCAAUUUUCUGCGCUCACACAUUGUGAUAGUACCUCAGUGGAUAGUUGAUGUUAUGGCUUGCAUUGUUACAGUUCACGAAGGACCCAUUCAGGAUGGUAAACUCUACUAUAAUGACAUGCCCCGUCUUUGGGCCUCCUACCCUGAAGAGCUCCACCCGUGGUUGUUGCGCCUGACUGAAGAGUUUGACUUGACUUUUCCACUGGCCAAUGAGGAGGCUAAUAUUGUGCCCUGCCUGUUGCCCAACACUGAGCCAACAUACGACUUCCCUGCUGUGAAUCAAGACAUUUAUGAAAGAGAAUCAAAAAUCAAAUACAAAUUUGAAUAUCUACCUGCAGGCUUGUUUAACAGAGUGCAGGUACGUCUGCACCAGUUCAGUGAUAGCUCAGUCAUGUGGAAGAAAGGAUUUCUGCUGAACAAAAACAACCACAGAGCCCUAUUACUGCAGAUCAGUAACACAGAGGUUGUUGUUACAGCCCGUGGUUACAAGCCAGAGAACACCAUAUUUUUGGUGCAUGAAGUCUUUGAGUGUCUGAUUGCUGACUCCUACAGUGGUGUGUCCUAUGACUAUUCUAUACCUUGUGCUGAAUGUGUUUUUGAGUUAACCCUUGAUCCAUGUAUGUUUGCUGCCUCCAAAAUUAAAAGAGCUUUUGAGCUAAAGGCCCCAUUUCUCCAGUGUGAUAAAAACUUUCAUAUUAUCUCAAUUCAUGAGAUACAAGCAUCCCUGCCACCAGAUGCUUCCUCUGACUUUGACGAGCACCUGAGUAGGAGUGUUAGAGAGCUCCAGGACUUGGAAGAAAAUGUAGCUGUGAGAGUGUUCUUUGUUUUCACCAGUCGUAACAUCCCUGCAGCUGGCUCAGUGCAGAAUGUUGUUGAUCCAAACACCAUUUUAGAUGACUUGAGGUCUGAAGGAUUCAAUGUGUCCUAUUGUGAUGACCCAGAGUCCGCUAACAUGGAAGAUCUAACAUUGGCAAUUAAAUCUGCUCAGGUUGUCAUUGUUGGUAUUUCGGAUGAAUUUGUUGCAAUACCAAAAUGUCGGGACCUUAUUAUUUACAUGAAGCAAACAUUACACACAAAUUUGAUUCUCGUGGCCAUUGGAGCAAAACUUACUUGGCAGGAUACGGAUAUUAAUUUAGUUUUAGCUGACGAGGUUUUUGUAAAGAUGAUCCAGAAAGACAGAUACAUCAGUAAAAUUCAAGAACUGUUUGAUGCCAUCAGGUCCAGAAAGCAAAAGAAAAAAGACAGUUAUCCUGAUUGUUUUAUAAGUUACUGCUGGGCCAACUCAAAGAUGGCUGUAGAUCUGGGAUCUGCAACUAAAGAAGGUGCUCUGGGCUGGGGAGAUCCAAGAAAAAUUAAAGAGUUCCUGGAGUCAAAGGGAAUUAAAUGUUGGCUGGAUAUAGAGCAAAUGGGGCAGGAAGGAUUUUUUGAGGACAUAGCAGAUGGACUAAGGAAGGCCAAAGUUAUGGUUGCUUGUGUUUCAGAUGAGUAUGCAAACUCAAAAAAUUGUAAAAUGGAGUUUCGAUUUGCAUUGACAACUCUUAAAAUACCCACAAUUCUGGCAGUUGUUGGCACAGGAUAUUCAUGGGAGAGAAGCGAGAUUGGUCUACUCACAGUUGGCCACAGCCAGAACUGCCCCAAGAUUAACCUUCAGUAUGAAAAUGAAGCUGGUCUUUUGGAACUGUUUGUGGAGGUUGAGAAGUUUCUCCCUAAGGAAACACAGGCUGCAGCAACUUCUGAAACUGUUCAGCAUUCUGUCGCUUUUCAGGAAGCUUUGGAACUUUCACAGCGAAAACUGCUGCGGCAUAUUGCAUUGUAUGCCAGCACAAUGGACAUGGAGGUCUAUCCUAGGCUGAUACUUAUUGACCUUAAGGUCAAGGAUGAUGUUAAAGAUAUUGGAAAGGGGCAUCACUCUGAACAGAAAUGUGCAGAUGAAUUUAAAGAUGACCAAAAGUGUAAAGAGGAAACAAGUUCUGAGCUAAGACACCUAGAUAAGGCAGGGGAGAAAAGUGAUAAGUUAUGUUUGAAGGUUUUGUGUGAGCAUGAGAUGGGCUGGCACGAGAUGCAGGAGGAGAUAACCUUCCCACCACUAGAGGGAGCUGAGCUGGAUGACUAUUUAAAAAGAAUAGCACCCUAUGUGGCCCGUGUGCUGGCUCUUCUCAAACACUCCAAGAUUAAUAUGCCGAUACUGACAACACCAGAUGGAGAAAGAUUAAGUCGUAAACUUCAAGAUUUGUGUUCAAAAACCAGUUCAGACUUCCAAAACGAGUAUGCUGUUGUACUACAGACAGUGCUGGAGGAAGAUUCUGAGAGAACUUUUGGUGGCUUGAAGAGAUGUCAGAUGCCCAAUGGAAAAAUUCUUUGGUUGUGUGACAAACAUGAGAAAUCCUCUUUCACACAGACAGAGAAAAAAUAUAAAACACAGCUUGAGCAAGCUAUGAAUUGCAAGGAAGACAUAGCAGACUCUCCAAGUACUCGUCCACCCACUGCAAUGGAUUCAAGUUUGUCUGAAGAUUCACAAGUGCAUGAAAAACCAAAAGAUGUGUCAGAUGUACCAGCCACAAGCCCACAAAUUCCUGUGAAACUAGAACAACAAGCUGGUGCUCAAAUGCUGCCUCGAAGACCCAAGUUAAACAGAAGAGGAACCAGCAGUAAAAAAACAACAAGCCAGGCAUGCCUACUCAUGUGAUGAGUUUUUAUUUUAGGCCAAAUAUUUUCUAGACCACUGAAUCAAGUCAGUUGAUUGAAUCUCAGUUAAUUUAGUGCACAGUUUUAUAGAACACUGAAUCAUGUAAGAAUUUAGUGCACAAUUUUGUAGUACACUGUAUCAUGUAAGAUGAGUUGUUUUUUGAUCGUUUUAGUACAGAAAAUUUUGGACCAUGGAAUUUCAUCUGAGGAUUUGAUCUCAAUUCAUGUUAAAUGUUAAUUGUAGCUAUGAAUAUUGUUGCUUAUGUGUGGAACUACCUCAAUAUCUACACUUUUUAAACAUGAAGAACUUUGUUUAUGAAUGUUAAAUCUGCGGCAAAACUUUACAUUGCCUUUUUAUACAAAUUUUAUAUUAUGAAUGGGACAG